UUCACUCGCUCUCAGACCGCGUAACGGAGGAGGGCAUUGCUGCCGGAGAGCCGGCUGCUGUCGCCGGGGCAGAUGUGGUAUACAGCGCCAGCCAGAGUCCGGUCCGAGGGUCCUUUUCGCUCACCGUGUGGCAUAUUAGUCUGCGGGUUACUGUAAAAGCAGGAACAAAAAGAAAGGGGGAGAGGGGGGUGAGCUGGACCACUGCCAUAAUUACAGGCGACUCCGGCAGACGCCUAAAGCGGGAUUUACGUGUGUGAGAGUGAGUGUGUGUGCUGGGGGGGUGUAACAUGUAACACACACACUUAACGUUCGCUCACAACAUGGCGAUGGAGCUCAGACAGCAGCGACCACCCUCCCCCGACUAAAAAUGUUGCUCCGGCGUAUUUAGAAGAAAGGACUACAUAUAUAAAGGGAUAUUAACGAAAUAAUAAUCAGCCACAAGCGGAGAAGAGCGCACGGGGGAUUCCGACGUAUGAAUGCAGCUGACGGUACAGCCGAAUAAGCCCACACGCUGCUGGCCCCUCUGCUGAAAAAUCAAAGGCUUUACAUGGCGGUGAAGAGUGUUUGGUUUCUCUGUCUACUUUCGCUGGGGUUCUGUGGUGUGGCUGACCAAGAGAAGCCGGUGUCUUUGGAGCUGAGCUGCGGGGCGGGGCCCAUCCACAUGGUGCUGGAUCCCGGACAGUCCCUCCUGCUCGACUGCCACCCGAGGGCUAUAGACACGCCCCUCAACGUCACCUGGGUGCACGACGGGGCACCCGUGCUUGAUAGUGAGGCUGCCUGGGUUCUUCCCAAUGGCUCUCUGGUGGUGCAUCCCUCUUCCAGAGAGGCCAGUGAGGGUGGGACCUCCCACGGCGUGGAGGGAGGAUACAGCUGCAUCUCCAGCAGCCCUUAUGGAACGCUAGCGAGUGACACCAUCACACUGCAGCUCUCCAGCUUGUCAUCCUUCCUUCUGCACCCAGAGCCCCAGGAGGUACCAGCAGGGGGCAUCGCUCGAUUUGAGUGCCAUGCAGACGGCCUGCCCAUGCCCAGCAUCACCUGGGAGAGGGACCAGGUGCCCGUGCCUAACCAACCUAGGUACAUUUCCCUGCCCAGCGGCGUACUGCAGAUUCUGGGAGUGCGAAGGGAGGAUGCAGGAAGUUACCGCUGUGUGGCAUCCAACACAGCACACAAGCUCUUCAGCCAGGACGCCACACUCACCGUUUCCAAUGGCCUAGCACCUACUCAGGUGGUGAUUCAUGUGCCCCCCCAGAACACCACAGUGGUGUCAGGACGUCCCACUGUAAUGGAGUGCAUGGCCCAGGGACACCCUAAACCCCUGGUAUCCUGGAGCAGACAGGAUGGAAAGCCCAUUUCCACAGAUGCUGUUGUCUUGGAAACGAACCUCCUUAUCCCAGACACUCGGAGUCACCAUGCCGGCAUAUAUGUGUGCCGCGCCAACAAGCCGAAGACCCGGGAGUUUGUCAUCGCGUCCGCGGAGCUGCGGGUGCUGUCUCCUCCAAUGAUUUUGCAGUCGCCAGAGAUGGUGUCCCUAUCCCGAGGCAAUACCGCACGUUUAGUCUGCAACAGCUCAGGGGAGCCGGCCCCAACUCUGCGAUGGCUAAAGGACGGCGAGCCAGUGCAGCCCAACGGCCGCGUGAAGAGCCCGAGCCCCGGCGUCCUGCUCAUAAACCAGCUGGGGGCGGCCGACGCGGGAUACUACCAGUGCAUAUCCACCAACCCCCUCGGCACGGCCUGCGCCACCACCAGGCUGUCUGUAAUAGUGCGCGAGGGGCUCCCCAGUGCCCCGUGGCUGAGGUCUGCGUCGCCGCAGUCCAGCACUGCCGUGCUGCUGGUCUGGGAACGACCCGAGCACAACAGUGAUCAGAUCAUCGGCUUCUCUGUACACUACCAGCAAGCGGGAGCUGGGAUUGUGGAAUACCAGUUUGCUGUGAACAAUGACACCACAGACUACCUGGUGAAGGACCUGCUGCCACACACGUCCUACACCUUCUACGUGGUGGCCUACUCUCCCAUGGGGGCCAGUCAGCCUUCCAAGCCUGUUACCGUGGCGAUGCCGGAAGGUGUGCCUAGCAUGGCUCCGCAGCUGUCCCUGCUCAGCACCACCCCUACCGAGAUCCGCGUCAUGUGGCUGCCACUGUCCCCCCAGCACAGCCACGGCACCGUCACCCGCUACCGCAUCGACUACAGCCCCCUGGACCAAGCAGACCAGGUGUCCUCAGUGGAGGUGGGGGGGAAUGACACCCAAGUCACCCUGCAGGGGUUGCUCCCCAGCUGGCCUUAUCAGCUCCGCAUGGCAGCUGGGACCAGCGCCGGCUUUGGCUUGCCCUCCGAAUGGACUCUGCACCGCACGCCCGAGCAGCAGAACCUGACCAGUGUGUUCUUCGCUCCCACUGAGCUGAAAGUAAGGGCCAGAAUGUACUCGCUGCACGUCGCAUGGCAGCCUCCGCCCAACUCCUCGCAGAUAUCUGGAUAUAAGCUGCAGUACCGGGAGCUGGAGCCUGUGCCCAAAGAGGAGAGACCAGCAAUCCAGCCUAUCAAGCUCAGGAAGAGAAAUAAACAUUAUGAAAUAACAGGACUGGUCCCAGACCACAUGUAUGAAGUUGAGGUUUGGGCUUACAACAAGCAUACUGAAGGCUAUGCAGCAGUGUGGAAGGGCAGGACUGAGAGAGUGCCCACCACAGGAGCCCCUGCUUGGCCCUAUCUGCCCCCCCUUCCCCCCAGUAGCGUGCAGGCCUCUGCCAACAGCUCCACCUCCAUCUGGCUGCGCUGGGAGAAACCACGCUUCAGCACAGUGCGCAUCAUCAGCUACACAGUGCGCUGCAGCCCCGCCGGCCUGCGCAACGCCUCGCUCGUCUCCUACUACACCAGCUCUGCUCAGGAAAUCCUGCUGGGGGCGCUGAAGCCCUUCACCCGCUACGAGCUUGCGGUGCAGUCCAACGGCCUGGAGGUGGAUGGACCCUUCAGUGGCACGGUGGAGGAAUCCACCUUCUCUGACAGACCCUCCACACCCCCUGCAGACCUUCAGCUGAGCGCCCUUGAUUCCUCCUCAGUGCUUGUCAGUUGGCGCCCCCCACUGGAGCCCAAUGGUAUCAUUGUGGAGUACAGGAUCCUGUACAGUGGCAACAGCAGCCAGCCAGAGCACCAGUGGAGAUCAGUGUCACGCGACGGGAGCAUCACCAGCACGGAGGUGCAGGGACUAAGGAGUGCCACACGCUACUUCUUCAGGAUGGGGGCAUGCACUGUGGUGGGCGUGGGGCCCCUUUCCCCCGUGAAGGACAUACACACGCCUUCGGAGAGAUACGAGCUGGACAUUCCUUCGGUGACGGGCAUCAUCGUGGGGGUGUGCUUGGGUCUGCUCUGCAUCCUGCUAUGCAUCUGUGUCAGCGUCCGCAAUGCCAAGCGCCGGGAGAUCUCAGGUGAGCUGGACUCCUCUGCUCUCCCUGGCCAGUACCGCCGAGGACGCCCAACUCCUGCCUCAGCACCCGAGUGCCGUGACUGCCAUGAGCUGGAGACGCUGAUGCCCCCAGGGUCCCAGGAAAUAGGCACACCCCUGGCCGAGGUCACCGAGAAGCAGGGGCUCAUGGCUCCCACCUCAGUGGAUGACAGCCUGGACCUGGAGCCCAGGGUCGCUUGGAAUGGCUCAAUCAGCCGCAACUGGGCCAGCCGCAUCACCAGGUACCGAGAUACCCUCACAGAAGACUCCCCAGUCCUCGGAAACGGCUCCCUGAGCCCGAGGGCACAGCACACCCUAGAGGGACUGUCACAGACCUCAGCUGUUGACUCUACCAAGGGCCCCCACAGAGAGCGGGUGUUUGAUUCAACCAACGGCAACCAGGUAGAAGCGGAAGUGAUCGUGCACUCGGAGCUGUCUGACCCAGAGGAGGGGCCAGAGGUACGGGACAAGGGAGCGAGCUCUCCGGGCUCCCGCAUCCCUUCCCUCAUGGACGAGCCCCUUCCAGAACCAUCUCUUGACUGCAGUUCGGACGCCCAGUCUCCAGAGGUGCAGCUCGCGGCUCAGCCUCUGCCUAGACCCACUUCUGAGGUGCUGACCAAUCACAGCGGGGUGCCAGAGAGCGAGCCGGAGAGAUGCAGGCGGACGUCGCUCACAGCUUCGGCGACAGAGCUUUCCAACGGAUUCUGCUCCCCGGAGCUUCCUGCCACGCCUGAGCUCCGGGAGCACAGUGCCAGCAGUGACGACUCCCUCCAAGCCAGGAGCAGACACUUAACCUCCGGGAUGACCCUCGCACCUCAGCUCACCACAGGUCCCUCCCCCUUUGCCAGCAUAGAUCUUGCCCAAGCUACCUCAGCGCCGCACGGACACCUGUGCCCCUAGCUGAAGCGAAAGAAGUAGCACAGGGCAGAGGCACCUUUGUGGGGAGAGCGUGUCUGGUGCUCAUCCAGAGCACUUUCAGCAGUAUGAUAUAUAUACUGCACUGUGCAAAAGUCUUGGACAGUCAAAGGAAAUACUUAAAGCUAUUUAUCUGGGUAAGUGUGUAUGAGCUCAGAACUAGAAACAAAACUUAAAAUGAGAACAUAUGCAAAUUAAGAGUAACAGAAUAAAAACUAACAAGAACUUCUUCUGAGGCCGUAAUUUUUAUUGGAAUUGCUAGAAGAGCAUCACUUCAGCUCCCAAACCUCUCCUCAGGGCCGCUCACCUCAGCCAUUCCGUUCAUUCGCUUCCUCUCCUUUGAGCUCACUUAAUGAAUUAAUUUAGUUAAUUAAAAAAGUCAGUGAGGUAUCAGCCAUACGAGAAGGGGUAGCGGUCACGUCGAAAACUACAUGUGUGUAUUGGAUGGUUUCUGCAAACGCUGGGGUGACUUCAGGAGAUGUUUUGAAACGGCUAAGCCGACACACUUUGACAGGCAUAAUAUAGCUUUGCAUCAACAUGACGAUCAUUUAAACCUCAUUUCCUUUGACCGUCUAAGACUUAUGCAUAGUACUGUAUAUAUUUCCCUAUGCACCUGUCUGUAUGAAUAGCACCGCAUUUUGCGCAGACUAGAAUGUGCUUGAACACACUAAUGAAUCGUCAUACAAGGACCGGUCCGCAGCGGCCAGCAGAGGGCAGACUCGCUUCUGGACUUGCAGCUUGCUGGGUUGGCAAGUGAAGCGGCCUUGUAUUUACACUCUAAGAGUGUUGACUGCCUGUCUCUCUCCUCCCUUCUCUUGUCUCAGGGUUCACACAUGUUAACGUACAUUCAUAUACACUCACACCAUACCUCACACUCGCAUGGCAGCACGACACAUUCCCACAUACAUACUCCCUGACUGGAGUUUGGGGGCCUCGGGUGCCUAAUAUUUUAGGUGUGUUUGUGUCCUCUGUACAUUUAUAUAGGCAUACAAAUUCAGUGUGCGUAGAUGGACGUUUGAAACAAUUAAGAUGGUUUGCCGAGGAGGACUUUCCAGACCAUUGCAUAUGUGGCAGGACAACUGAACACCCUACAGCAGUUUUCUACUAUGGCUUCCAGUUAAGCAGAACUACCUCAUUUGUGUACAGAGUCAUUUUUCUAAUUCCGUUCCCUUUUUUAAAAAAAAAAAUGUGGGUUUAAAUUAUUUUUUCCCAGUCUUCAUGACUAGCAGAAAGUUUUUUUUUUUUUAAUUACCCAUGAGAAUUGUCCCAGGCAUCGAUGCUCCUCUGUUACAGCUUGAGGAAUGGAGUAGUACAAGCACUGGUAGAGGCUGGAUGGGUCAUACUUGGGUACCUUGCAGUCAAGCUGCCCCUGUUACCCGUUUCUGCACAGGCAGACCUCCAUUUGCCCUCUGGAUGCUCCUUAGAGCUGCUCUCAGGGGUAUUAGAAGCCAUCGCCAAUGACAAACCCACUUCCGUCCCCAACACAUGGGACUGUGUUGUGAAUGAGAGACGAAGCCUUAUGCUGUCUAUAACCUUUCAUCAGUAUGUAUGCAGUGGUCGCCACAUGGGAACUGCUCUCAAGUAUGUUGAUAAUUUACUUCUGUAAAUAUAUUCAACUGUUCUUGUUCUGACAACAGGUGUCAUUUGUAAUUUACAGAAGAGAGCGAAAUAAAUAUAUAUGACAUAUAUAAUUUCCUCUUUUUUAAUUUUAGCAUUUUAAAGACCUUUUUUUUUGCUUUUUCUUUCAAAAAAUGAAAUGUAUUUGUUAAUAUCUCUGAGAGUGCAUGAAAGCAAUGAGGGAAUGGGAUUGUAAGAGGCAGAGGGCAAGCCUUCAUUUUCUGUGUUACCUCAGCAUGAAUGUCCUGUGAGCCGUGGUGCAUGUUGGCCAAAGCCACCAACCUCUCAGUUAGUCUGGGUCAGAAACUGCAGCUGGACGGUCCAGCUGGAGAACAGAGGGGGGCAGGACUUGCAGAGGUGGAAAGUCCAAGUUCAGAAAGUAUAAGUCCAGACCAAAAUUUUGUUUCAACCCACCUGUUGAGUCUCUGUGAAUGUGACCCUUUAUACUCAACUGGUUGGUUGAAACAAAAUCUUGGCCUGGAAUUUCUGAACCUGAACUUUGCACCUCUGAGGACUAGCUUGUGGGAAGGAGGUGCGUGUUUCUCUCAAAGCUAGGAAUGGUCCAGAUGUAGGAGUCAAUGUGCCGGGAUUUGGCUAGAAACCACUCCAGUUUUAUACAGCAGACACUUCAGGGUCAGACAUGCUAAAUUCUAACAUUCGUUAGCUAGAGGACAUAAUAAGUGUCACUUCUUAAUUACCUGUAACCUUUUGGUUGGUGGUCUUUGAUGCUUGUGAGUGUUGUGUAUAAAACUCAUAAGGUGGCCCUGGUUUGAAAUGCAAGUUUCACAGUUCCAAAAAAUGCAGUUGAUUUCUACUUGGGCAGUGUAAAUAAGCUGUAAAUUGUACUUUUAAAAUUGAACACAGUGUGUAUUCUCAUUUGUUAAUAAAAGUGUU